CAUCACGUGUCCCCCUCGCUCUCCCUCUCUCCAGUCUCACACACACUCCUCAGACAUGGCUCCGUGAAUCCACACAUGGCAGCUUGAAGCCAUGAACCAAAAAAACAACCCACCAAAAACACUCAAGAUGUCAGACUAGCAGCAUGAGUCGGUUCUUUUGAAAAACCUCAAGUCCUUUGAUAUCCUUUGAUUCCAGCCGGCUGUCAGUCUCUGUCAGGGGGGCAGGCGGACUCAGACUCUUUCGGUUUUUCCUCCUGUGGUAUUUCUCUGCGAACAUGGGGAUCCAAGGGUUCCUAGAUUACAUCGAGAAGCACUGCCCCAGCGCCGUGGUGCCGGUGGAGCUGCAGAAGCUAGCCAGGGGGAGUAUGGUCGGAGGGGGCCGGCAGAGACCCCCUCAGAGUCCUCUGAGGCUCCUGGUGGAUGCCGAGCACUGCCUCCACCGGCUCUACGGAGGCUUCUACACCGACUGGGUCAGCGGGGGCCAGUGGAACCACAUGCUGGGGUACCUGGCCGCCCUCUCCAAGGCCUGCUUCAGCGGCAACAUAGAGCUCCUGGUGUGCUUCAAUGGCGCUCUGGAGAAAGGCCGUCUUCACGAGUGGGUCAAGCGACAGGUGAACGAGAGGCAGACCGCCCAGCAGAUCAUCAGCCACGUCCAGAACAAGGGCACCCCUCCGCCCAAAGUCUGGUUCCUCCCUCCCGUGUGCAUGGCGCACUGCAUCCGCCUGGCGCUCCUCAGGUUCCGCGUCGGGGUCGUCCAGAGUGUUGAGGACCACCACCUGGAAGUGAUAGCCUUAUGCAGGGAGAGCGGCUUCCACGGCCUGAUGGCCUUUGACUCGGACUACGCUCUGUGCAACAUCCCAUGCUACUUCAGCGCUCACGCCCUCAAACUGAGUCGCAACGGCAAAAGCCUGACCACCAGCCAGUACCUGAUGCACGAAGUGGCUCUGCAGCUUGAUCUCAAGCCAAACCGUUUCAUCAUUUUUGCAUCGCUUUUAGGAAACCACAUCCUGCCUGAUGAAGACUUGGCUGCCUUUCACUGGAGCUUACUUGGUCCAGAGCACCCGUUAGCAUCUUUGAAGGUGCGUGCCCACCAGCUCGUGCUCCCACCCUGUGAUGUCGUGAUCAAGGCUGUGGCAGACUACGUCCGCAGCAUCCCAGACAUUACCGACCUGGAGGCCAUCGCCAAGGACAUCUUCAAGCAUUCACAGUCGUGCUCUGAUGACAAAGUCGUCCGCUUUAAAAAGGCAGUGGAGUACUUCUCUGUGGCCAGCAAACCGCCUCACUUCCCUCCACAGCUCGUGAGACCAAAACCCAUGGGAGUGCCUGCUGCAGUGCCACCUCCAAAGAUGCUCAACAUUCCACAGGUGCCGCUGCCCAUCCAGCCUGAGGUCCAUCUCCCGUUCCUAGAGCCUUUGGGGGAGCCCGGCCUGGCUCUGGACUCAGUUGAGAGAGGCCUUACGGAGCAGAACAGCUUCAGCAACAUUCCUCCUGAAGGGAAGCACACGCCGCUGUACGAGAGGUCCUCUCCGAUCAACCCGGGCAAGGCGGGCAGCCCCAACCACACCAGGGCGUCCCUCCUCAACGCCUCCUCUGCAUCAUCCUCCUCGGAGAACGAAGAGAGCUCAACUGCCAAUCAUCUUAGUGACCAUAAGGGAGCAUGGGAGAAAAACGGGCAUACUCCACAUCCUGAAAACCCAGCAGAGGGAGACCUGGGGGACCAAACCAAAUGUGACCUUGGGGUAACCUUUGCCGCUGGCCUGGGUUCACAGUCUGGAGGUGUCCACAGCCUGAAUCCCCAGAUCCCAUCCCUGCUCUCCAUGCCCACCAGGAACCACAUGGACAUCACCAUCCCACCACUCCCUGUUGUUGCCCCCGAGGUCCUACGGGUGGCCGAGCACAGACACAUGAAGGGCCUUAUGUACCCCUACAUUUACCACGUUGUCACCAAGGGAGAGAUUAAGCUAUCUGUCACCAUUGAAGAUGAAGCUAACAAAGACCUGCCUUCAGCAGUGCAGCUGUUUCGGCCCAUCCGUCAAUAUGUUUACGGAGUCCUCUUCAGCCUGGCAGAGGCCAGAAAGAAGGCUGAGAGACUCGCCAUGAGGAAGAACUGCCUCCCUGAAUACACACACGUUCUUGUCAAAGAGUGGGCCGCCUACAAAGGCAAGUCUCCUCACACUCCAGAGCUGGUGGAAGCUCUGCCCUUCAGGGAAUGGACCUGCCCUAACCUGAGGAAGCUGUGGCUGGGGAAGGCCGUGGAGGACAAGAACCGCAGGAUGAGAGCGUUCCUGGCCUGCAUACGCUCUGACACGCCGGCCAUGCUGAACCCCGCCAACGUCCCCACGCCCCUCAUGGUGCUCUGCUGCGUGCUGCGGUUUAUGUUACAAUGGCCGGGAGUAAGAAUUUUGCGUCGUAAUGAACUUGACGCUUUCCUAGCCCAAGCACUUUCUCCUAAACUUUAUGAGCCUGACCAGCUGCAGGACCUGAAGAUCGACAACUUGGACCCUCGAGGAGUCCAGCUGGCCGCUCUGUUCAUGAGCGGAGUUGACAUGGCUCUGUUUGCCAACGAUGCGUGCGGACAGCCGAUUCCCUGGGAGCACUGCUGUCCCUGGAUGUACUUUGAUGGCAAGCUGCUUCAAAGUAAACUCAAUAGAGCCAACAGGGAGAAGGCCCAGCUCAUUGACCUCUGUGAUGGUCAGGCUGAACUGGUUUCCAAGGUGGAGAAGAUGCGCCAAAGCAUCCUCGAAGGUCUUAACUUCACCCGACCACCUCACCCUCCACCUUUCCCCCCACCGCCAAUCCCUCCUCCUCACGGGAUGCCUUUUUACCCGCCCAGUGGCCCCUUCUUUCCCCCGCCCCCUAUGAUGCCUCCUCAGGGGAGAGGCAGAGGGAUGCCUGGUAAGGGUAAACUGUGUAAAACUUACUCAUACAUUCUACUAGUUUUGAAUUUGAUGUUUAACUUUCGUUUUUUCUUCUUCCUUCAAGGGAUGCAAGGAAUGUCUGCGCAGGGUGGGAAGCUGGAGAUAGCCGGCACUGUGGUGGGUCAGUGGGCUGGAGCUCGACGCGGCCGAGGAAGAGGAGGCUUCCCAAUCCAGGUGGUGUCGGUUGGUGCAGCAAACAGAGGUCGUCCCCGAGGUGUGAUCUCCACGCCUGUCAUCAGGACGUUUGGUCGCGGAGCCAGGUACCACACCAGAGUCUUCAAGAGUCAGACCGCAUACUUGCCAAGUAAGCCUUCUCAUAAGCCUGCUCAUACACCCGGACAAGAUGCAGUGAAAGAUAGAAAGAGGUCCAAAGCGAAGGAGAGAGAUUCCCCCGCUGCACAGUGCGAUGGCUCAGCUACAGAGAAUGGCAUCGAGGACAAAGAGCCACACCAGCUGAACGGAGAUAAAGAGGAAUGCAGGGCUCCCAUCCAACCUGAAAGUGCCUUUAGAUGCGACUCCAAGAUGUGCAAUUCUAAUCCUCACUUAAAUGCACUAAACGCAGACAGCAGCUGCCAUAGAGAUGAAAGUCUGGAGGCCACUGUCUUAAGUAAAGAAGAGUAAGCCUAUUUUUCUAGAGAGGUGAAGGAUGAAAGAUGGAACAGAGUUAGAUAUCUGGGAGUUUGAGAAACCUACAGUCAGUGUAUUCUUCCUCACUCAAAGAAAGGAGUUUCACCCCCUCUCAGUAAACACGAGAUUUAUCACACUGCUAGUUUAAGGACUUGUUCACUUCUUAAUGUAACACUAUUAUUCUUCUUCGCAUUAGGACAUUAAAGCUUCAGGAGCUUUAAUGCUGAAAUAUUUUAGUUGUUAUGGGUUGAUACUUUUCGUUAUACGUUUGCAUUAGUUAUCAAGGUAAUUAAGAAAAGGACAGAGCAACACAUCUGCCUUGGUGUCCACUUUCACUUUGGUUCAUAUAUAAGCAGCUGUGUCCAUCAGUUUCACGUAAUUUCAGCCUUUUUUUCUGUAAUUGCUCAAAAAUUCAGACACGAGAGAUUCUGUCAAACUCUCAACUUCUUGAAUCAAAUACAGCGCUGUAGUGUGAGCGCUUCGACGAAGAGACCUUCUCUGCAUGGUUCACAGAUAAGAAGUGUAGUUAUUAUGCAUGUAGACCUUUUUCUUCUAUCAUUACUGUGCCCAUUUGCAAAUGAAUGACCCGGCUAACAUCACUGAUAGCCCAUAAACGUUUUUAACUGUUGUAACAGAUUUGUUGAGACUUUUAUUUGUUUGUGAUAAUGACCUAUGUUGCAUUUGAUUAUAAAAACGCUAAAGUUAUCAGCCACUUUGAAAUAGUGAAUUUACACAAGAUUGUUCUCUGUUGUUUUCUGCAUCAGUCACAUAUAAGUCUCAUAUACCUGAAAUAAUCCUGUAAACAGCUGUGAGCAGCAGAAUCACUCUACAUGUAUCUGAACGCAGCACGCUCCACCUGCUGAUUAAGACUUUAUCUGCAGUAAUCAACUUAGUGCUUCGUUCCAGUGUUGUUUUACAGUUCUACUUCCUUUACACCAGAACUGUCAUCGAACGUUUCCACCGAAUUCUUCUGAAUCGUCCUUCUCAUCCGUCACUAGUGAUCAGACACACAGUGUACUCCCCCUGUCCCCGCAGGAGCUGAAUAGGUAACCUUUGUAAGUGGAUCAGUUUCUUCCUAACUCAUGGAACGUAAAAGAAUGAACUACUGUUGGGAUUGAUUGGAUGUUGAUGACUUGUGGCGUGGUGUAUUUGAAGAAACUUAGCUACAAUGCUUAAUAAAACUAUAUUCUUUUAGUAGAA